GAAACAAUUUGACUAAACAUAUUAAUAAUAAAGAACACGCAUAUAUAUUAAAAGCAAUACAGGCGAAAUUAGAAUCCAAGUUUCAUCGAAAUAUAUGUGGCAUUCUAAAAAAAACGCUCAUCAUUAAUUUAUUUGGCUUCAAUAAAGCAGAAGCAGUAAUAUGCAUUGAUAUAAUUGUAACAAUAAUGGAGCAUAAAUAUAUAGUACGAUUAAUGAAAGAGGACGAAGAAAAUAAAGAGAAAAUAAAUCAAGCUACUCCAUGUUCUUCAAAAGAAACUACUAUAUCUUCUUCAAAUAAUACAGAUCAGAUAGAGGAAGAUGAGAUCAAAUCCCAUGAAGAAUCAGAUACAGACGAGGAAACUGUUAGGUGGGAUGACAUGCAACAAUUGGUUUCUCAAUUAUCUUCACCUAUAACAAAGGAAAACGACAUGAAUAAGAAGAAACGCCAUGUUCAUUUUGCUUCUGAUAAAUUGAAGAAAAUGAUAAAAUUGGAUCAAAUCCCCAAACUUUGCGAGAUAUUGCCUAUAGAUUUAUCUGAAGAACAGAUCCCUUUACAGUUGGAUGUUGCGUGUGAAACCACUAUUGGUGCGAAAUCAUCUUCGUCUAACAAUGAGACAUUUAAAACUGAGACACUAUCAUCGUUUGAUAUAUCAAUGAUGGAGCAGUUAAGCAUCGCAUAUCCAGACGAGGAAUCUUCUUUGCUUGAAGCCGCGGACGAGAAACAGGAAGACAUGAUUUGUCAACAAUAUCCCAUGAUUGCUGUAAAAGAUGCAUUGUUGAAAAUACAACGAAAAGUAAAAUACGGUAGACACGAACCAUUAAGUGAUUCUAUAAGGACAGAUGAUGCUUAUGGCAGAAUAUUGGCCGACCACGUAUAUUCCGAUUGCGAUGUGCCAGCAUUUAGAUGUGCCACUAAACAUGGAUACGCAGUAUUGGCAAGUGAUGGUGAAGGCAUAAGAGUAUUACUGAGCGGAACUACAUCCGAUCCAAUAUCUCUCAUUCCUAGAACAUGCAUGUAUGUGAAGAGCGGAGCGCGUGUACCUGACGAAGCAACAGCGGUUGUGCCAAUUAAGGAUGUAAAACGAAUAAUAAUAUAUGAUGACGCGCAUGAUUUAAUUCUGAUAAAGAUUAAACCAGAAUUCGGGCAGAAUAUUAAAAAUAUCGGUAGCGAUAUACCGAACGGGAAACUAAUUAUAUCCCCAUUCACACGUAUUGGUCCAGCGGAAUUAGGACUUUUGGCGGCUACAGGUCGUAAAGAAGUUCGAGUCGUUAAACCUGUAUCCAUAGGUAUAUUGUCAAUUGGAGAUUUAUUAGAGGAACCUGGAGAGCCUUUAAGACCGGGAUAUGUUUACGAUAGCAACAGAAUAAGCCUAAUCGCGCUAUUAAAAGAUCAAGGUUUUAAUUCGAUAGUGGAUUUCGGAAUUGUGACGGAUGAUAUACUACCUAUAAAGAUGAAAAUCAAAGACGCUUUAAAGCAAGUGGUCGUACUCGUGACAAUAGGCUGCUCGAACGAUAAUGAUUUAUUGAAGCCCAUUUUAAAGAAUGACUUUGACGCCACUAUACAUUUUGGAAAUGUAUUUCUGAAACCGGGAAAGUCGACAACGUUCGCAACAUGCAAGUUUGACGACAAACUGAAGUAUCUUGUAUGUCUUCCUAAAAAUCCAGUGUCUGCUUCCGUUUCCGCGCAUCUGUUCCUCUUACCUAUUUUGAACAAGUUGCACCACAUCAAAAUGCCUUGCGAAAUUCCAGCUCGCAUACACGAUCGAUAUAUCUUGCAUUCGCGUCCUAGAGCGGCAUGGGCGACUUUAAAAUGGAAUGAGGAGGAUAAUUUCGCGACGGCUUUUAGCAGAGAAAAUGUCGACAGUGAUAAGUCAUCGAGCAGUCAAGCCGCUAAUGCGCUCUUACUGUUGCCGCCGCAAACAGAGGAUCAGAAGGUGAUGUAUGAGUCAUUUGUACCUGCGUGUCCAAUCAAAUAAUUAGGCGUUAAUAAUAAAUGCUUCUAAUGGAUUAUCAUCAAUAGCAUUUUAUGACGAAAUAAUUGCGUACAUAAUUAGGUAUAUUCGAUUACGUAUAUAUUAUAUGUAUAUAUGUUUAUAUAUAAAGUGUUCGGUAAUAACCAUCGAAAAUCGUUAAAUGGGGUACAGAACUUUUUUAUUAAAUUUAACACGUUCCACCUGUACACGAGAGGUGAUACGAUUA